AUGGAGAAGCUUAUUUUUGAGAACCAGUCGGCUUUCAUCCCGGUCCGGGCUAUUGGUGAUAAUGUUCUUAUCACACAUGAGGUUCUUCACUACUUAAAGACCUCCAAAGCGGAGCAACGAUGUGCUAUGGCAGUCAAGACAGACAUGAGCAAGGCUUAUGACCGGCUUGAAUGGGAUUUUAUUGCGCUUGUGCUGGCUCGGUUGGGAUUCCACCGCAGCCUUAUAGGCAUGAUAAUACAAUGUAUUUCAUCUGUUACAUACUCCUUCCUCAUUAACGGCUUGCCUAGAGGGAAGGUAGUACCGAGCCGAGGGAUUCGUCAAGGCGAACCCCUCUCUCCCUACAUAUUCAUUAUGUGUAGUGAAGUCCUCUCGGGAUUAUGUAAUAGAGCUCAAGAAGAAGGGUUAAUCCAAGGGAUCAAAGUCGCGAGAGGAUGUCCCCGGAUUAACCAUUUACUUUUUGCAGACGAUACAAUGUUCUUUCUCAAUGCCACAACGGCAAACAGUGAAGAUCCGUUGACAAUACUGAAGACCUAUGAAGAAGCAUCUGGACAAUCGAUAAAUAAGGAGAAGUCGGCGGUUACAUUUUCUCGUCGAACACCAGCGACGCUUAAAAACUCCAUCAAGGCCACAUUACAAAUUCAAAAAGAAGGGGGAGUGGGAAAAUACCUUGGACUACCGGAGCAUUUCGGACGUCGCAAGCGAGAUCUUUUCUCUUCCAUUGUGGACUGUAUCCAACAGAAAGCCCGAAGCUGGUCCACCAAAUUGCUCUCUUCCGCGGGGAAACUAGUGAUGUUGCAGAGCGUCCUCUCGGCAAUUCCAUCCUACUCCAUGACCUACUUUAAGCUCCCAGUUUCACUUUGUAAACGUAUCCAGUCUGUCAUCACACGGUACUGGUGGGACAAUACUGAGGGAGUCAAGAAGAUGGCUUGGAUCUCCUGGGACAAUAUGGCCAAACCAAAGUCAGUAGGAGGACUUGGCAUGCGAGAUUUCGAGAAAUUUAAUGAUGCUCUACUUGCUAAGAUUGGAUGGAGACUUCUCAACAACCCACACAGCUUGCUGGGUAAAAUCCUGAAGGGAAAGUAUUUCCCGGAUGGAGAGUUCUUGACAGUGGAGGAGACAUCUGCUAUAUCGCACGGGUUGAGAAGUGUUUUGCUGGGCAGAGACCUACUCAUAAAAAACAUUGGAUGGGCUAUUGGAAAUGGGCAAUCAGUCAAUGUGUGGAGCGAUCCAUGGCUAAGUCUAACCAAGCAAGAGCGACCUAUGGGCCCUCCGACGGAACAAGGUGCUACCCUCACAGUUGCGGAUUUGAUCAUCGCCAACACUGGCCAAUGGGACAGAGACAAGCUCAUUUGGCUAGGUACAAAGUCUGGAGUAUACUCAACCAAAUCAGGAUACUUCUCUGCUAUUGAUGAGCCAGCUGGGGUGGCACAGGUGGACGCAGGUUUUAACUGGAGGAAGAAUGUAUGGAACCUAGACUGCGCUCCUAAAGUUAAACAUUUCUCCUGGAAGGUGCUAAAGAGAGCGUUGCCAGUUGGUGAGCGGCUCCAAGAAAGACAUAUUGACGUUGAUCCGAAAUGUAAACGGUGUGGCUGUAGUGAAUCUAUCACUCAUCUCUUCUUCCACGGUCAGUUCGCACAAAAGGUCUGGCUCCUAGCCCCCCUUGCGAAUGAAGUGGACUUUAGAGGAAUAAUAGAUUUACAAGCGGCUUGGUCAUCUUUAUGCAACCAACCAUGUCUCCCUCCUACGGGACUGACCUCUGGAACGCUAAUCCCCUGGACGCUCUGGUCCAUAUGGAAAGCAAGGAACAAAUUUGUAUUCGAAGGUUUCUCCGCUUCGCCUGAAGAGACUCUCUCAAGUGCUAUCAAACUAGCUCGGGAAUGGAAGGAUAAUGCAAAAGCAGAACCCACAAAAAUCUUACCUCGUGUGCGCCAAGAGUUUUCAGCUCCGAGUGGAGUUAGAGUAGUCAGGUCGGAUGCAGCGUGGAGAUUGACAGAGAAUGCAGCAGGACUGGGGUGGACGUUCCUACCGUCCAUGCCAGAUAUGAAUUACCAAAAGAGUGUCCAACAUGUCACCUCUCCCCUGAUGGCUGAGGGACUGGCACUCAGAGAAGUUGUCCGCACUUGCCAACGUCUAGAACUGGGAUCAGUAAGGUUCGAGUCCGACUCUGCUCUACUCAUCAAAUGCUUAAACGCGGAGUUGGAUAUCUCAGAAUUGCAUAGCGUUGUCUCGGAUGUUAGAGCUAUUGUGUCGGCGUUUGAUUAUGUUUCUUUUGGCUGGAUCUCUAGGGAAAAGAAUGUAGUUGCUGAUGUAUUAGCAAAGAAUGCUCUCCUUGUAGUUGAACAUUUGGUAGUUGUGGAUGCUCUUAUUGCUCCCAACUAA